AUGACUGAUAGCAAUGCUACUGGAGCGUCAACCAACGAUAACACUAUUAUUUAUGAUUCAGGUGACAAUUCUUGGAUGUUAACGUCAACAGUAUUAGUGCUAUUGAUGACACCUGCACUGGCAUUUUUCUAUGGUGGUAUGGUCGAUCGAAAGAAUAUUUUAAAUCAAUUAUUUUUAUCGUUUAUUUGUAUGGGCAUUAUAACUGUACAAUGGGUUUUAAUAGGUUUUUCAUUUUCAUUUGGUCCACCUGUAAGUAAAGGUUUCGGUUCAUUUGAUUGGGCAGUAUUACGUUUUGGUGAAGUUGAAAAUAAAGAUUAUAGUCCUACGUAUCCUCUGUUGACAUUUUGUAUGUAUCAAUGUACAUUCGCAAUUAUUACACCAGCUCUCAUUUCUGGUUCUAUUGUUGGUCGAAUGAAAAUGAUUCCCUAUAUGAUAUUCAUAUUUAUUUGGUCGACAGUCUGCUAUGAUCCAAUGGCACAUUGGGUUUGGGGUAGCAAUGGAUGGCUGAAAACUUUAGGAACACUUGAUUUUGCUGGUGGAACUGUUGUUCAUAUUCUUUCGGGCGUCUCUGGAUUUGUAGCUUCGAUCAUUUUAGGAAAACGACACGAUUAUGAUCCAUAUAGUACCACUGCUCAUAAUCUUCCAUUUACAAUUUUGGGCACGUCCCUAUUGUGGAUAGGUUGGAACGGGUUCAAUGGGGGUUCUGCUGGUGCUGCCAGUCAUUUGGCAGCUGUGGCUGUGAUCAAUACAAAUACAGCCGCUGCUUCUGCGAUGGUAACAUGGGUAAUGAUCGAUGCUGCACGUGGUCACAUAUCAAUUUCUGGCGCUUGUACGGGUUCUAUUGUUGGUCUUGUAGCUAUUACGCCAGCUUGUGGUUUUGUUCAACCUGGCUGGGCAAUACUCAUUGGCAUUCUUGGAUCGGUCAUUGUCUAUUCGAUUUUGUUGUUCAAGCGAUAUAUGCGAUUCGAUGAUACACUAGAUGUAGCUGUUGUUCAUGGUUGCGGUGGUAUAUCUGGUGCUUUUAUGACCGGACUAUUCGCUCAAAAAUGGGUUAAUCCAAGUGGCGGUGCUGAUGGCGCAUUUUAUGGACACCCUGUUCAACUUUGGUAUCAAAUUGUAGGCAUUCUUACUGCUAUUGGUUUCGCUGCUGCAUGUACAGCCGGAAUUCUGCUUCCAUUACACUUUAUCAUAGGUAUUCGAUUGCCGCGUGAGGAUGAACUUACAGGACUCGAUAUAGCAGGUAUGAUCGGUUUAAUAUUUGUUUUUCCAAGAAAACGUAAUAUUAUAUGUAUUAUUAUAGCUCACGGUGAAAAGUGGGAAAUAGCUGCAACGCGUGCUGCUGCCGAUCUUGUUGAUCGAAUGCGAGAACAAGCUGGAGACGGAGGCGAUUUUGAGCACGACAAUGGCACUUUUGAACUGUCAUAUAAACCUGCCAAUACUAAUGCCAAACCGAUCACAUUAAAAUAUUCUGCUUUAAGUGCAUUACCAUGUUUACUGCCUACUCUUAAUUUUAGCGAGAACCAUAAUCAACAACACAGUGAUAGUCAGACAGAAAGAGACCAUAACGAUUCAACCAUGACAGAUGAUCAAGUUCACACAAUGCAUUUUUGA